AAAGGGGCACAGAGAGGGAGAGAAGAGAGAAAACGAGAGAGAGACAGAGAGAGAGAGAGAGAGAAAGUGCCGUAAUAUAUUUUGAGAAGGUUACAGUGGUAGAAGACGGUGGUGGCCGGCGGUGCGAUCGGGAAUGGAGUUGGAAGUGGACGAGACCGAGCUCAAAGCCGCCGGAGCUCAGCUUCUUCCGGAAGGACGCGUUGGACUCUUCAUACAUGGUUGGGAGAUCGAGUCUCGCAAGCGUCCCAUUCUCAACUCUCUCCACCUCCAACAGUGGGAGCAUAAGCUUCAAACAUCCCACUUUCCAGAGAUGGUUUUUGGGGACAGUUCUUUGGUUCUUAAACAUGUCAGUAGUGGCAUUAAGAUUCAUUUUAAUACAUUUGAUGCUCUAACUGCCUGGAAGCAGGAAGCAUUGCCACCAGUUGAAGUUCCUGCAGCUGCAAAAUGGAAAUUCAGAAGCCAACCCUUCCAGCAAUUGGAUUAUGACUAUACCUUUACAACACCAUAUUGUGGAAGUCAAACGAUUGAGAUAAAUGAAGAGCUUGCGAGAGGAGCAACCUCUGAAGAUAACAACUGUGGUCUUUAUUGGGAGGACUGCAAAGAGCAAAUUGAUUUGGCUGCACUGGCAUCGAAAGAGCCCAUUCUCUUCUAUGAUGAGGUAAUCUUGUAUGAAGAUGAAUUGGCGGAUAGUGGUGUUUCACUUUUAACUGUAAAAGUGAGGGUAAUGCCAAACUCUUGGUUUCUUCUCUUGCGUUUUUGGCUUAGAGUUGAUGGGGUGCUUAUGAGAUUGAGGGACACACGUAUGCAUUGUGUUUUUGCAAAUAGUGCAACCCCCAUUAUUCUUCGAGAAAGCUGUUGGAGGGAAGCCACAUUUAAAGCUUUGUCUGCAAAAGGAUACCCAUCUGAUUCUGCGGCAUAUAAUGAUCCAAGCAUCAUCAGCCAGAGGCUUCCUAUCAUCAUGCAUAAGUCCCAAAAGCUUAAAAUCCCUGGUAACCUAUAAGCUUGUAAUUAAUCGUUCAGAUUACUGUGACACAAAACUGUACUGAAUCUCGUGCAAAAGACGCAAAUCAGUCCCAUUUAACAGUUAUAAUCUCCUUUGUGGUAAACACAUCCAUGUCUACACUCUCAUUUUCAUCAUCUGUGUUUGAUUGGUGAGCUAUUCUAUUGAAUAACAUUUAGAGAAUUGAAGAACAAUUUUAUGCUGCUUUAACA